CUUCCGUAUGAAACUACCUCGCGCUGUGACAGGUACCACAUCCACAUUGCUGAUACCUACAAGUCGUUACGGCUGUUGACAUGGGGCGAUUUACAUCCAGAAUCAUGGAACCCGCGGCUCUUGUCAACUUUAGUGGCUUUUUGGAUCUGUUUGCUGUGAGCAUGAUCAUGCCACUUAUCCUGCCUCAUGCCCGCAGUCUCGGCGCCUCUACCACUGUAGCUGGGAUAUUUGGGUCUACGUAUGGAGCCCUUCAGCUCUUCUCCAGCCCGGUGAUGGGCAAGUGGAGUGACAUGGUGGGGAGACGCGCGAGUCUCAUUGUGACACUGGGCCUUACAGGAUGUGGCUAUGGAAUUAUGGGACUUUCGACCUCCAUCUUUAUCAUGCUCCUAGCCAGGAUACCAGGAGGGAUUUUCAAGCACAGUCAAAACAUCUCAAAGUCAUAUCUGGCCGACAUAACAUCAAGAGAGAAGCACUCGCAUGUUUUUGGACAGUUUAAUGCGGCCUCAAGCUUUGGAUUCAUUCUAGGACCAAUGGUUGGCGGCCAUAUUGCAGAAUGGCCUGGAGGCUUCGCUGUGGUUGGUGUGUUGGCCUGUCUGACCUUCUUCCUCAAUGCUGCAACCAUGUGGCUCUUCCUGCCUGCAGUCACACCAUCAGAACAUCCUGAAACAUCGCCAGACAAAUCUCCGAAGUCCUUGAAAUCAACAAGUGGAGGGUACUCCUUCAACAUUAAAGAGAUGGUUCGAUCCUUCCGAGCCAUCAACUGGGACAAUCUGUGGGACCUGUUUCUCAUUAAGUUUCUGGGUGGAUUUUCAGUCAUCCUGUUCCGCUCGAGCUUCAGUCUCAUGUCGCAGAGCGAGUUCGAAGCAUCACCUCGGAUCAUUGGCUAUUUGACCUCCUACAGUGGGGCUGUGUCUACUCUGUGUGGACUUUUUGUAGGAAGAUUAGCAAAAUAUUAUGAUAAUGAUGGUAAAUUAUAUUUUCACAUGGUAGUUCUAGAAGUUGUGACAUUAUUCAGCCUGACAGUCUCGCCCAAUUUAGUAUGGAUUGCAGUGUUAUUGUGUCCACUUAGUAUCGUCACUUCUGUCAUGAGAGUUAUGGCAACUGCACUGACGAUUCAUAAAGGGCGGGACCAGGACCGGGGGGCCCUGAUGGGGUUCAGUCAGAGCAUCAUGUCCAUCGCACGCAUGUUGGCGCCUUUUGUUGGUGGUGUUGCCAUGGAGUUUAGCCCAAGAGGACCACUUCUCAUUGGGACAUGCGCUGCAGCUUUAUCACUGAUAUUGCUCAUUCUCAGACCUCAGGGAGAUGAGACACAAAAAGUGAAACAAUCCUAACAUUGCUUCUGUUUCAAACAAAAUUCAGGGACCAGUAUUCAUGUUUAGGACAACAUGAUUUGUUGUCUUCUACACGUCAGGCUCAAAACAGCAUUUUACUGUCAUAUGUCUCUUUGUGGUAGUUUUGACAUUAUGUAAUGUUGAAACCAAGUAGCCUGACUUGAUGGAGAACUUGUUUAUUGCAUAGAGCACCAUUUCGAUGUAGACUCUUACACCAUUAUCCAGCUGAAACUGUUGAACCAAGCACUGGCAGCAAUUAACUUUUAGUACGUGAGCAGGGUUUUAUGAAGCUUUUGUCAAUACUCCAGUUAUCUCAAUA